ACUCUUAUUUGUCUUCUUACUUUUGAGUACUUACUGUUCGACCUCGGAGGGGUAAAUGCUAUACCCUAUAUAUAUGUAUUAUCCCUCAGUUUAAUUAGUACACUCUUCGAUUCAUCAUUUGUAGAAGAAAUAAAAAAUGAAGGUGCUUAUGUUGUUACGACAGCAGCAGAAUUCAAUAGCGUAUUGUGUGAAAGAGAAUAAACCAUGUGUUGUUGGUUGGGUGAAUUUGUAUUUCAAAGAUUGCCUUUGCAAUGUCCGCGAUGAAUUCUCUUUCGGUUUUGGUUUUGUAAGCCUCAUCUGUUGGGCUGUUGCCGAAAUCCCACAAAUUGUCACCAACUUUCGAACCAAAUCUAGCCAUGGCGUUUCACUUGUUUUCCUUCUUGGUUGGGUUAUCGGUGACGUAUUCAAUCUAACAGGUUGCCUUCUCGAGCCUGCAACGUUGCCGACCCAAUUGUACACAGCUGUGCUUUACACAGGGACUACUAUCAUACUAGUGCUGCAAAUCUUGUACUAUGAUUAUUUCUAUAAGUGCUGGAAGCGCAGUGAAAAUGAGACUGGACAAUUAGAGGUUGAAGAAGUACUGAAGAAGCCAUUGAGACCUCAAAAAACAACAGAUUCGGGGAUUCCAAUACCCAGCAGAUCUGCAUCACGCCCCAUGGACUUCUAUUUCAUGUCUGCAAGAUCAUUGGCUGGUAGUUCAACCCCGCCAUUCAGGUCGAAUCUGAGGCCUAUAGCAAGUGAUCCAUCAGCAGUGAGGCUUAAUAACCAUGAUUACUCUUCAGAUGAUGAUACAGUUGAUGCACCAUUAAAUAUUUCUGUUAGCCAACCUAAGCCUAUCCCUCGAUCUGCAGGUUAUGGAGCGUUCUUUGCAACAGUGUCUGGAAUGCCUCACCAGACAAAAGCUUUACUUGUUGGAUUUGGUGGAAGAAAACUAUUACAAGAGCAUGGGACGGAGCAUAGUGCACUUGGCCAAUGUUUGGGGUGGAUGAUGGCUGCUGUCUACAUGGGCGGUCGGAUACCUCAAAUAUGGUUAAAUAUUAAACGAGGGAGUGUCGAGGGCUUAAAUCCUUUCAUGUUCGUGUUUGCACUCAUCGCCAAUGUCACUUAUGUAGGGAGUAUACUACUUAGAUCAACAGAAUGGAGUAAGAUUAAAGCCAAUAUGCCUUGGUUGUUGGAUGCUGUUGUCUGCGUUGUGCUAGACUUAUUUAUCAUAUUACAAUAUGUCUACUACAAAUACGUGCGAAAGAAUCCUUCCACUUCCAAUGGCAGAGAAGACGAAGGAGCCUACAAGAAAGCAAAUAAAAAUUGAGGACAAAUUUCUACAGCAUAUGGCUAGAUGGUGGCUACUUUACUCUAUACUCCUGUAAAGCCUUGGGAUCCCACUGCUAGAUCUGCUACUAAUUCGGAAGACUGUUGCAGCUAAUCUCCUAGUAAUCGACUCUUACAUCCCUUCUAAAGUUAUCUAAUUUAUUUGACCUGUGUUUCGUAAUUAGUGAUGAACUUACUAGCUUGUGAUCAGAAUCUUAUUCUGAAGUGAAGAAAUUUUUUGGAGAGGCUCUUUUAACUCGUAUGCCUCUAGUUUAAUAUAGCUCUCGCGUACCUGGUUACA